UGUUCAGUACCGUUAUACAACCAAGGUACGUAUUUCUCAGGUAUGUAUUAUUCUCACUCACGUAUCUUUUUUAGUACUUAACAACGUGUGCGGUCAUCUCCCUCCUCGACACCAUGGCUUCGCUCUCAGCUGGUAAAGAGGUGCAUGAGGUCUCGGAGGUCAAGCCUAGGGCCAAGAUAAUGUGGGGCCGCACGCACUACGACCGCUACCUGCUCCCGUGCGUCGCCGAGUUCUUCGGCACGGCACUCUUCGUCUUCUCGGGCUGCGCCUCAGUAAUCGAGAACUCUGCGGGCACGGGUCGCCUGCAGCCCGCUGUGGCACACGGCCUGGCACUCUCCAUCUCCAUCGCAAUCAGGUGCGUGAAGAGGGGGGAUUUGGCGGCCACAUGA